AUGUCGUCUCCCGCCCCCGACGACACGCGCCUCGACGCCGACCAAAUCUCCACACACAGCUCCUACGCCUCGUCCUCCGACUCAUCCUCCCGCGCGCGACGAAACAAGGAGAAGCAAGCCCUCCGCCUCAUCGCCUUUAUCGCAGCAAACAUCAUAGCCCUCGCCUGCGGCUCCAUCGUCGUCUUCUCCCUCUACGCGCCCCUUCUCCAGUCUCGUCUGCACUACACCCAAUUCCAGGUCAACGCCGUUGCUAUCGCUGGCUCUGUAGCGCUGUACCUUCCUAUUUCGCUCAUCGGGUAUAUCUGCGAUCGCGUUGGGCUAAAACCGCUUGCGCUGGGGGGAGGAAUCCUCUUCGGUAGCGGGUAUGGCAUCGCAGCGGGUGUUUAUCGGAAAUUGGAUCUCGAGUAUCACAGUCAUCCUGGAUAUCGUGUCAAUGGAGACUGGUCCGUUCCGUUUCUGAUGUUUGCGUUUGUGUGCAUUGGUAUCGCGACAUGCGCGCUUUACAUGGCUUCUGUGUCAUCUUGCGCCAAGAAUUUUGGAAAAGGUCGUUAUCGAGGAUUGGCGCUCGCUACGCCGAUUACUUGUUUUGGAUUGAGUCCCAUGUGGCUGAGUCAAGCGGGAACUCGUCUGUUCACUGAGACGCGGCCAGACGGCUCCAAGGGCGACUUGGACGUAUUCCGAUUUUUCCUCUUCCUCGCCAUCUUGACUUUCUCCAUGGGUAUGCUGGGCACAUUCACAUUACGUGUAGUGGACGAAGACGAGCUUAUCGAUGAGGCUAUCGAGGAGCUGGAGCAGAGCGGCUUACUCGAUGGAAGCUCUCUACUCGGCAGGUCCGAGAGGAGUUACGGUGCGACGGGUGAUGAGACGGAGGGCUCAGCGCUACUUGAUCCGUCGAAAGACGAUGCAAAGUGGAAGAAGAACUGGGUCCUCAACGCUGAAACGCGUUCGUUCUUGUCUGAUCGCACCAUGUGGCCCUUUGCUCUGGCAUUUCUUCUGAUCGUUGGACCUGGCGAGGCUUUCAUCAACAACCUGGGCACAAUUAUUGGUACACUGACACCACCUGAGAUGGAAGGCCUAAGCCAUCGCACUUCAGCGGCGACACACGUGUCCAUCUUUGGAGUCACAAACACUGCUUCUCGUAUCUUCAUCGCACCGCAUGCUCGUUCAGACGUGAGCAACCGCUUCUCCAUCUCCCGCGUCGCUUUCAUGGCCUUCUUCGCAACUCUGCUCUCCAUCGGUCUCUUGAUCCUCGCAUCAGGCCUCGUCCAAAACCACGCUGAGCGCUUCUGGCUCGUCUCAGUCACAAUCAUCUGGGGCGUAGAGAACUUUGCUACGAAUUUCGGUAUCAUUGGUAUGCUUCCUGCUGCAGGGUCUACAUUCUGGGGCCUCGUCUACUCAGCGACGUAUCAGAACGGCGCGAACAACUCAAAGUCUGCUCCUGGGAGUGAAGAGCGUGCUGAUUUAUUCUGCUAUGGUGAGCAGUGCUAUGCUCCGACUUAUUGGGCUGAGACUGUUACUGUGUGGGUUGCUGUUGGGUUACUGAUCUGGGCUUGGAAAGGUAGGGGGGGAUGGUCUCAGCGUGGAAUUGUGAUUUAG